GGGCGGAGGGCAGGGCAGGGCGGGGGCUGGCCGGCUGCUGCCCCACGCGGCGCCCGGGCUGGCGGCGCCCCCGGCGCGCUCCCCGCGCACUGCGUGCCCCUCUGUCAUGCUCGCCGCCUGGGAGCGGGCGGCGGGCUGCUGCGCCGGGAGCCGCGCCGCCGAGCCGCCGCCCGCGGCACCGCCCGCGGCGCCCGCCGCCGACCCCCGGCCCGGGCGGCGCGGCGGGGCGCGGCGGGGCGCGGGCGGCGCUGCCUGCCGCCGGGGGCCGGCUGCCGCCGCGGCGAGCGGCGGGUGGCGGCGGGCGGCGAUGGGCGCGGCGGCCGUGCAGCUGCUGCUGCUGCUGGGGCUGCUGCACGCCGGGCCGGGCGGCGAGGGCAGGAAGGGCUGGCGGCGGCGCGGCGCGGCGGCCCGCGAGCGCGGCGAGGCGGCGGCGGCGCCGGCCGAGAGCUUCCCGCUGGACUUCACGGCCGUGGAGGGCAACAUGGACAGCUUCAUGGCGCAGAUCAAGAGCCUGGCGCAGUCGCUGUACCCCUGCUCGGCGCAGGCGCUGCCCCACGACCUGCGCCUCCACCUCCUGCACAACGCCUCGGUCACCUGCAACGACGGCAGCCCGGCCGGCUACUACCUCAAGGAGUCCAAGGGCAGCCGGCGGUGGCUGCUCUUCCUGGAAGGAGGGUGGUACUGCUUCAACCGGGAGAACUGCGACACCCGCUUCGACACCAUGCGGCGGCUCAUGAGCUCCAAGGAGUGGCCGGUAACCAGAGUCGGAACUGGGAUCCUGUCAUCACAACCAGAAGAAAAUCCCCACUGGUGGAACGCAAACAUGGUAUUCAUCCCUUAUUGCUCAAGUGAUGUUUGGAGCGGUGCCUCUUCCAAGUCUGAGAAAAAUGAAUAUGCCUUCAUGGGAGCACUGAUCAUUCAGGAGGUUAUAAAGGAGCUGGUGGGAAAAGGUCUUAACACUGCAAAAGUGUUGCUGCUAGCAGGAAGCAGCGCUGGAGGGACAGGGGUGCUCCUGAAUGUGGAUCGAGUGGCAGAGCAGCUGGAGGAGAUGGGUUAUCAUGGGAUUCAGGUUCGAGGCUUGGCAGACUCUGGCUGGUUCCUGGAUAAUAAACAGUAUCGCAGAACUGACUGUAUAGAUACCAUAACGUGUGCGCCGACAGAAGCCAUCAAGAGAGGAAUAAGGUAUUGGAAUGGUAUUGUUCCUGAGCGCUGUAAACUGCGGUUUAAAGAGGGAGAGGAAUGGAAUUGCUUUUUUGGAUACAAGAUUUACCCCACUCUUCGGUGUCCAGUCUUCAUUGUUCAAUGGCUCUUUGAUGAGGCCCAGCUUACUGUAGACAAUGUACACCUAACUGGCCAGCCCGUUCAGGAGGGGCAGUGGCUCUACAUCCAGAACCUGGGUAGGGAGCUGAGAAACACCUUGAAGGAUGUAACCGCUAGCUUUGCUCCUGCUUGCUUGUCUCACGAGAUCAUUACACGCAAUCACUGGACAGACAUCCAGGUGAAGGGGACUUCAUUACCCCGUGCCCUGCACUGUUGGGAUCGGAGCCUACAUGAGAGCAACAAAAAUGGGAAAACCCCUCUAAAAGGUUGCCCAAUUCAUCUGAUUGACAGUUGUCCGUGGCCCCACUGCAACCCCUCGUGCCCAACCAUCAGGGACCAAUUCACAGGGCAAGAGAUGAAUGUGAUCCAGUUCCUCAUGCACAUGGGUUUUGACGUUCAGAAGAUGGCACAGCAACAGGGCCUGGAGCCCAGUAAACUUCUGGGAAUGCUCAGCAGUGGUAACUAGGAAGGGAUCUUCUGAGGGGCGGAGAGAUUAGAUCAGGCGGAGGAGACUAAGCCCUUCUCCCAGACUCUCUGAUCUUCCUCACGUUCAUGCAGGCAGGUGCGCGCCCACAUCCAUGCAGGCUCAAACCCGUACACACCCACAUGCUCCCACAAUCUUGCACACUUAGGAUGUGUCAAGAAAAGAGCAAUUUCUUGCUUACGCUGUUUGACUGGAACUCGUUACCUCCACACUCCAGGGCUCAGUUUUGACCAUUCGCAUCCUCUUCCUGCGUUACACAAAGCAGUCUGAUGCAGGGAGUAGCAAAGCCAUAAAUAGCAGCAGUGGAACCUUCCCCAGAUUCUUCCUUUGCCAUCAUUUUUUUUACAUCAUAGACUUGAUACAAGUGGUGAAAAAAGCAAGCACUGGAUUUCUUUCAACCAACUAGAAGUGAAGGAAUGAUUACAUGACUUCCUGGAGGUCAGUGUCUCACGAUGUGUCAUAACGUACAAACCAAGGACACGUGCUAGGGGUGGACACUCUUGUACUCAAUUUACUUUUGUAUUAUUUUAUAAAAUGACUUUUUAUUACUUUUUUAAAUAAGCAAGAAAUAUAAAAUAAAUGAUAUUGUUUUGUAACAUAUUUUUUUUUAAAUAAUGAAGAAACCUCUUGCUACUUUGGCAAUAUGGACAUAUUUAUUUUAAUAUGUAAAAUGCUAUUUAUAAGGGCUGACCAGAGAACCAUUCAUAUGUCUUUGUAAAGUUGUAUAUGCUGCUCAUUUGGAAGGGUUUCCUUAUGAUCACUUGUGUCUGGGAAAGGGCUGAGGGUGGUAUUGACAUUUUAUAAUAAUUAGACUUCUGUGUUCCCCUUGCA